AUGUCCUUGUCAAAACUCCCCUGGAGUCAUUUUGGUCCUCACCAUCCAUUCCUGGAAAAACAGAAGUUUGUCGGCUUUUACCGGGACGCUCCUGCCCCGGCUGCCCUUCUCCCUCCUCCCGGUCUUGCAAUCCCAGCCGCGUUUGACCUCCCUGGAACUCGCAAUAUGAGUAACCUCAAUCUGAACACUCUCUCACCAGAUGAGAUGGAGCGAUUCCAGAAAUUAUCCAAUGAAUUCCAGCCCGAGGUACAGGGACCACUUGUAUCGCCCAAGCAAUCGAGCCAUACUAUUGCACUGGAAUACGCUAAUGCGGACCCGACACUUGCGACGAAAACCAGUGCCCUUGCUCUGACCCAUCCCAUGACCCGUGUGAUGAAAGGGGAUGGAAAUUGUGGUUGGCGAGCGGUCGCUUUUGGUUACUUUGAAACCCUUUUUGCUCUCCGAGAUCCCCUGCGUACGCAACGGGAACUAGCUCGGAUCAAGUCUCUUAACUCGCUGCUAGACCAAGUGGGCCACCAAGAACACCUAUAUGAAAUCUUUGUGGAUGCUACGGAAGAGGUCUUUGCCCAAACCCUUGCCGCCAUUCAGAACGGUGACCAGGAUGAAUCCUUUCUGGUGAAUGCCUUCAAUGAUGAGUAUAACUCGGAUGCCGUUAUUACUCACUUUCGGCUUUUGACCAGCGCUUGGAUGAAACUGAACCCACAACGGUAUCAAGCGUUUUUGUCCCUUCCCCUAAUUAAAUAUUGUGAGACCCGCGUCGAAACCGUCAGGACCGAAAUCGACGAAGUUGGACUGCAAGCUCUGGUAGACGGCGUGAUUGAUGCAGCCGGAUUCGGAGUCGAAAUUCUUUAUCUUGACCGAAGUGAAGGCGAGGCCGUCACACCUCACCAGUUGUCCCCCAACCGUCCCAGCGGCGCAACUAUUCGUCUUCUGUAUAGGCCUGGCCACUAUGAUCUCCUUUACCGAGCCGAAGCUACUGUGAAUAUGGCACCCGUGGUCAAUUACCAAUACGCAAUGACUUCUAACUAUUCCCCUUGGGACCAAAGCGCUCUUCCCUUCGACGUUAAUUCCCACUUGAUGUCAAUUCCAAACCUCAUGGCCGACCCCGCAUUUCCUCUGGGCGGUGCCCCUAUGUCCCCGAUUCCCUCAGUUUCUCCAAGCCCUGGAAGUCCGUAUCGAAUAUCUCCAACCCAGGAAAUGUAUCAGUCACCCAUGCAAGCCCACGCCCCCAUUCCAUCAAUUUCGGCCCCUUCACCAACACCCGUCAUGCCGCCAGUGGCACCGCCCUCGAUGACUACGUUAUCUGGCAGAUCAUCGAGUGGACCACAGAUUCGGUUAAAUCCACUGGUCAUGAAACCUAAUCUGAGUCAUUCUUUACCAGUGACUACCCCUUUCAAAAAUUCCCCUUAUAAUCAGGCCCAUUUCCAAAACCAGGAUUUCGAACCGAUCCAUUGGGAGCCGAGUGAUUCUCGAAGAUAA